AUGCUAGCUAUCUAGUAAUAGCACAGUCAUAAAUAGCAAGUUUCAUUAUAAAAUGAGAAAUUCCUGACUAUAAACGAUUUUCCGCCAUUAUUCCUUGCUAAAAUAUAUUUGAGCAAAAAAUUAACCAAUUCUGCAAGAAAAGAAUUAAAAAAGCAAGAAAUUUGUGACCCAAUAAAUGUUGAUAAAAUGAAACUUAAGGCUGAAAAAGUCUGA